ACUCUAUAUAAGCUUCGUGGGAGAGUUUGGUUUCCCGCUCUGUUCAUUGUUCGUACGUUGGAGUGUUUGGUUGUAUGUUGUGAGUUCUCAUUUUAACUUCUUUGUUCAAGUUCUACACUAAAAUGCCGGCCACUCGUGGUAGACAAAGCUCCGAGCAUGCAGAGGUUGUUACAGAAGAUCUGAAAGAACAGACUCCAAAAGAAGUAAAAGAGACACCAGAAGAAACUGAAACUGUAAAAGAAGAUAAAGAAGAAAAACAGGAAAGUGAAAAGAAAGAUGAAGAAACUGAAACCGAAGAGAAAAAAGCAGAAGACUCAACAGAAGCAGAAAAGGAGAAUGAAGAAACUAAGGAAAAUGGUGAAUCAACACCAACAGACGAAGAUGCUGUAAAAAGAAAAUCUGAAGAUGGAGCAGGUGAUGUCACAGAAGAUUGCAGUAAGGAAAAGAAGGCAAAAGUUGAGGAGGCUGAAACAGAAGUGCCAGAAAAGGCAACAGUAGAAGCCAACGCAUAAAUGUUGCUGAUAUAUAAUCUACAUAGCUUAAAUAUUAUAUUUUAUAUCUUGAAUAUUCAUUUUGUAUCUUAAGUUAUGUUUGAUUUUUUUUUCUUCAUGUUGAUCCAAGAUAACUUAUGUAAAAAACUUACGACAACAAUUUAGAUGAUUUUUGGUACUUAAACAUUUAAAAAAAGUAUACCAACCCCCCUCCACUCAGCUACCAUCAUUGAUAACUACUUUGUAUGCAUCUGUAGCUAUAAAUCGGAAUAAACUCUACACAAUUCACUUCUGUUUGUUUAAAAGUAUAUUUUAAUACGUGGUCGUUAAUGACUAAAUUGGGUGGCAUUUAUCAGUCAACAGAGAAUAAUUUUUCACUUACGAAGUAAUACAUUUUGAAUGUUCACGAUUUUGGUGAUAUUUUCAAAGGAAUAACCUCUUGGAAAACUUUAGUUCUGUCAAAAAAUAAUUUCUUUAUUCACUAGAGCAAAGACCACAAAUUCAAGGCAAUGCAUUCAAACCUCAAUUUUAGAGAGUGUACUUUUAAAACAAAGGGCACAUUUUAAACCAAAUAUUAGAGUGAUUAAAUCAGUCUUUUUAGUUGGUAAUGUAUAUGAGGGUCUUGGGUGAGUGACUUACUGCCAAAUGCGUUUCACUCAUUUUAAGCAGUGUGAGUAAAUUGUGUUUCGGGCAUAUGCUUCAAAUGAUGUGUUUGUGUGUUUUCGACUGGUCAUCUUCCUUCUGGUCCGCUUGGGGAUCUCUGACUUUGUCAUUUAACCUAAAACCUGAGUAUAAAUCAGUUAAAAACAUGAAUACUUUUGAGUUCAACGUAUGUAUGUAACUUUAGAUGUAAAUAAAUUUGUGAAGUUCAUGAAACACA